GUUUGUGUAUGGGGGGGAUUCAGGUGCUCCAAUCCACUCAGAUCCGACACAGAGGAGGCGCAAGACGGCCAGAGAAGCUGAGAGCAUUCGGACACACAGCCACUCCUGACCACACGGAACAAGACAACGAGGACAAGGAGCUCGGCUUUAUUCUGUCUCACGUUUUGGACCGGUGCCUGUCUGUGAUCUUCCCCAAAAUCCACCUCCUCCACGGGGCAAAGUCUGACUGUUAAAUCCGUGUACCCUUUUGACUCCUACUCUCAUUUCUUUAGUCCUCGAAGCGUUCGAGAUGUUUAAGCGGACUAAAAGCGAAGUUCUGGUGGACGAGGAGACAUCUGAAGGAGAGGAGGACGCGCCCUGGCGUCGGGAACGCGCCGAGAAGGAUAAAGAAUCCGAAGCAACAGAGGAAGUACUGGGCCCCUCAACCAAGGACUCCAAGAUCAAGAAGGUGAAACCCAAGAAGGACAAAGGAGACAAGAAGCUGUUUCCUUCACAAGAUGACGAGCACUUCCUGCUCACAGGAGUUACAGUCUCUCACAGAAAAGGGGCUGCUAAGAAGAAUCUGGAAGAGGAAAAGGAGAAGGAAAAGGAGAAGGAGAAGGGUAAAGCGCACUCCGAGAAAGACCGCGUCCACUGCCUUUGGGACAGCAUCACCAUGACCAUGCGUCAGAUCACACCGAACCGGAAGAUGGACCGGAUGGAGGGAUGGGAGCCGCCGCAGUUGGGUGAAGAAGCAGAGGGGAGAAGAAGUGAUGGAGAGGGAAAGAAGAUUGACUCGUCUCCGCUCUCUACCGGGCUCUCGCUCUCUCUGCCCGGCUCGCUGACCCUGCCGUCCUGGACGGGCAUCGGCUCAGAGGAAGACUCUUCCCGCUACGCCAGUCUGAGCGAACCCCAAGCCACAGGACCCUCGCAGUGGGCCGCUCGCGCUCGAGACAAACUGGCGGCAGUCCGACGCCGUAGCCCCGGCAGCCAAUCAGAGAGUGUGUGGGAGGGGCUUAAGUGAGAACUCUAUCCUCAUAGACCUCAUAUGACUCCGGACAACCAAGCGCAUGGAAAUGAUCGGAUAGCAUGCUCAAGCGCAAAAGAAAAAUAACAACACGGGGAGCGGGUGACUAAUAUGAGGAGACGCCUCUUUAGAGUGUACUUGACGACUUGGUGGUCUUUGUGAAGGUUUAAAGCCGCACAGGACUCUCAUCCGUGAAGAUCCUGCCACUUUUUAAUUUAGAAAUGGCUCUUUUUUUUUGUUGUUAAACCUAAAACGCUAUGAUUUAAUCACACUGAGCUUAUGGACAGACCUCACCGUAUGUGCUGCCUUUUUGACCAGUGGUGCAGGACUGUGAUGCUUGUUAUCGUUAGACCAAAUCGUUUCAUAUUUAAUCGUAAUAAUGAAUUGCAAUCAGCCUUAAGUCCUUUAAUCAUUUGACCAAUUGCUCGGGCGCGUCACUCGUCUGAAGUUUGUCUGCACUGCUCAAAGCUACAGGCUUGGGGCCAUGUAAGAGACUACUGUGCCUUAUAAGCUUUCAACGAUUAUUACAAGGAUUGAUGCUGGUGGGGAAAAAAAAAAAAAGCAAGAAAGUGACUGGAAUCAUUUAGACAAUGCCUUAUACCACCUGACUGUGAACACCACACAGUGCUGUACCUUCACCCACGCUUUACAUUUUCAGUUAGCCAUCACAGGACACUCAUUCGAAACAGUUCAUUCUGUGGGUACAAUCUCACAACUUGAGCCGUUCUGAGCAUUCGAUACAAGGCUGUGCAGAUGCAGACCUGCCCAUCUUUUAGUGUCACAACUUAUUAUAACACCACCAUUUUUGGACGCUCUGCACUAGAAGCUCCACCCCCGACCCUUUUCCCGGCGUUACAUUAGUCAGCUCAUGCCACUGCGUUAGUUUCAACGUCAAAAUUUUAUUAUCGACGUCAAAUCCGAUCCAAAGUUGUGCGACACUGAUAAUAUCAAUCUAAAUUUUUUCUGACAUUUUAAUGCUUAUGAUAAUCAGACAGGCGCAGACGCAUUCAGUCAAGUCCUCGCGGCUAUAGAAACCAGAGUGUGCACAUAUUAAGGGUUUUUAAUUAAUCACCAGGUGCUUGUUAAUACAUAACAUUUCAUAUAAUGCACUAUAUGGACAUCUGACCAAUAAUCCCAUUCCAUAUUCAGUCCCCAUUUGCUGUUAGAAAAACCUUCACGCUUCAGGGAAGAUGUUUCACUAGAUUUUGGAGUGUGCUGGUAGAGAUUUGUGUGAGAUUUAGCCACAAGGGUGUUAGUUGGGUACUGAUGU